AGGAGAGAAAGCUGCAGGGAGAAGAGACAGCCUGCGGAGUGUAACCUGAGAAACUUCUCACUCAGCCUGGGAUAUGUGAGAGGACGGAGCCAUCCUCACAUGCACACUCAACGGUACAAAGGCUCGCAUGCACCCGGGGCCACUCAUCACACAUGCCCAGUGAGCGCAGGGGCCACUGAAUGAACACGCACUGGAGCUAGGGCGAGGGGCAUUCGCCAACACUCUGUGGACCACCCGGGCACCGCGCUUCCCUGUCGCCUGAUGGAUUGGAGUUCCUUUUUGGAUUAAUACCGUGGAGGGGAUCGCUUGGAUAUUUCAUGCAUUUGGUGGAGGAUUUUGCCCGGAUCUGGUAGAAUUUAGGAUUAUCAGUUUUGGAGAACAGAUUAGGCUGCACCCGGAGUCCUUAUGAAUGGGAAGAUCGGUGAGCGGGGUAACUGAGAUCCCGACAGCGUUAGUUUAGCCACACUUCAUAGGAUCCGCUCCACUUCUGCUUGGACCCGUUUCCAGAGACAGCAGCAUAAUGCAGAACCUUACCCCGAUCCUGCUGUUUUCCCUGGCUCUUCUUGUGCCAACGUCAUGUAGACCCGCAAUAACAGAAGAUCAGACCGGCUGGAGAGCAGAGACACCAAGCUCUCAAAAUGAUCUGGAAGAACAUCUCCUACUGGACCCAGGGAAUGCACUGCGCCUGUUUUGUGACACCAACCACACCAGCAGUAUCAACUGGUACCGGGAACAGGACCGGUUACUGUCUGGCGGGAGGAUUCGAAUGGUGGGCACUGUGCUGGAAGUUUCUGACGUGACAUAUGAAGAUUCAGGGCUGUAUCUUUGUGUGGUUCGGGGAACCGGUCAGAUCCUGCGGAGGUUUUCAAUAUCCGUUGUUGAUUCACUGGCCUCUGGUGAUGAAGAUGAUGAUGAGGAUGGCCGUAGGGAUGAUUCCCAGGGUGAUAUAAGUGAAGAGCCUGUGUAUUUUUACCAAGCUCCAUACUGGACCCAACCUCAACGUAUGGACAAGAAGCUACAUGCCGUGCCUGCUGGGAACACAGUGAAAUUCCGCUGCCCAGCUGCUGGGAGCCCUCUUCCCACUAUCCGAUGGCUAAAAAAUGGUAGAGAAUUUCGAGGAGAACAUCGAAUUGGAGGAAUUCAACUCCGACACCAGCACUGGAGUCUGGUCAUGGAAAGCGUGGUGCCAUCCGACCGUGGGAACUACACCUGUGUGGUGGAAAACAGGAUGGGCAGCAUCAAUUACACCUACUUAUUGGAUGUGCUCGAAAGGUCAUCGCACCGACCCAUAUUGCAGGCCGGUCUUCCAGCUAAUACCACAGCUCGCGUGGGCACCGAUGUAAAGUUUUAUUGCAAAGUGUACAGUGAUGCGCAACCACACAUCCAGUGGCUAAAACACAUUGAAGUGAAUGGGAGCCGCUUUGGGCCUGAUGAUGCGCCUUAUGUACAAGUACUGAAGACAGCGGAUAUAAACACGUCAGAGGUAGAAGUGCUGCAUCUACAGAAUGUCUCGAUGGAGGAUACUGGAGAAUACACGUGUUUGGCAGGGAACUCCAUUGGGCUGUCCUAUCAGUCUGCCUGGCUGACCGUGCUACCACAGGAAGAGUUCCUUGAGGAAGCCGAGCCAGCAGAGUCCAGAUAUAUGGAUAUAAUCAUAUACACCUCCGGGUUUCUGGCUGUGGCAAUGGCCGUUGUGAUCGUGAUUCUUUGUCGCAUGCAGACACCACACAGCAAGCAGCCUCCUACUAUCCAUAAAUUAACAAGGUUCCCCCUCAUACGUCAGUUCUCCCUGGAAUCUAGCUCCUCUGGGAAGUCCAGCGCCCCUCUCAUCCGAUUUCCUCGCCAUUCUUCGAGCUGUACCCCAAUGCUCCCUGGUGUCAUGGAAGUUGAGUUACCAUUGGAUCCCAAGUGGGAGUUCCCCAGAGACAGGCUAGCUCUUGGGAAGCCUCUUGGAGAGGGUUGUUUCGGGCAGGUAGUAAGAGCUGAGGCCUAUGGUAUUGAUCGGGAUCGACCUGAUAAACCAGUUACCGUGGCAGUAAAAAUGCUAAAAGAUAAUGGGACUGACAAGGACCUGUCGGAUCUCAUCUCUGAAAUGGAAUUGAUGAAAGUGAUUGGGAAACACAAGAACAUAAUCAACUUACUUGGUGUCUGCACUCAGGAAGGACCUCUUUUUGUUGUUGUUGAAUAUGCUUCCAAAGGAAACUUAAGGGAAUUUUUGCGUGCUCGGCGCCCUCCCUCACCCGAAGAUGGCUUUGACAUUACUAAAGUGCCUGAGGAGCUUCUGUCCUUCAAAGACCUUGUGUCAUGUGCAUACCAGAUCGCUCGUGGCAUGGAAUACCUUGAGUCCAAGAAAUGUAUACAUCGAGAUUUGGCAGCCAGAAAUGUCCUGGUGGCUGAGGAUAACGUAAUCAAGAUAGCAGAUUUUGGACUGGCCCGGGGAGUACAUGACAUAGAUUACUACAAGAAGACUAGCAACGGCCGGCUGCCCGUCAAGUGGAUGGCCCCAGAAGCAUUGUUUGACAGGGUCUACACACACCAGAGUGACAUUUGGUCAUUUGGGGUUUUAACUUGGGAGAUCUUUACUCUUGGAGGAUCACCAUACCCCGGAAUCCCAGUGGAAGAGUUAUUUAAGCUCCUAAGGGAAGGCCAUCGAAUGGACAAGCCAGCAAACUGCACACAUGAACUGUACAUGGUGAUGAGAGAGUGUUGGCAUGCUGUCCCAUCUCAGAGACCCACCUUCAAACAGCUAGUGGAACAGCUGGACAGGAUCCUUACAGCCGUGUCUGAUGAGUACUUGGAUUUAUCAAUGCCUUUUGAACAGUAUUCUCCCUCGUGUGAGGACACCGCCAGCACAUGCUCCUCCUCAGAUGACUCAGUAUUUACCCAUGAUCCGGUGCCAACAUCUCCCUGUCUGUUCAAUUAUCACAAUGUACAUGCUCACUUGGGGACCUGAGGCAAAUGACUUGAUGAGAGCCUUAUUGGGGGUGAUAUGGACUUUAAGAAACCUUGGGUAUUCCACCCCUUAACUGGAACCUAAUUUAUUUGAGAGACAUAACCCAUGUCUGGUUUACUAGACUCUGGGGGAAACUGUGUGCUGUUUUUCUCUUGUACUGGGGAGCACAGUGAAGUGUCUUCAACUAACCAGUGUAUUGGGUGAAAAGCACUGUGAGUCUUCAGAUGGUCCUGUAUGUGAUCAUAGAGCUCUACAAUGCCACGGUUCAGGACAGAAACCUGCUGCCUUGUUCUGGAAUCCUGUUUUCUGGAUAUGAUGGACUACAGCUGUCAGGCUGAUUCCUGGCCCUGUUUCGUACAAAAGCACUGUGAUGCCACAACUUUUUAUAGAAAGAACACAUGCCCAACAAAUGGAAUCUUGCAAUCUCUUGAAUUGUGAAGCCUGGUUGCUGCGUGGUUAUCCAACCAUUGCUUGAAGUGCCUGGAGAUUUUAUCGUUAUUUUCUGUAGAUAUUUUUGUAAAAGAGAUAUUUAUGUACUUUUCAGAUGCAUAUAAUAGGUCAUAUAACCAUUUCUUUUAAUGGAGGAACAGGUGAAUAAUUUGUAAAAGUACUGUCACCUCUUUGAAUUGGUUACUCUAUCAGUUAAAUAAUUUAUCUUUUUGUUUAUUUUAUUAAGGUACUUUGGACUCAAACCUUCACAAUCAGUCAUAAAUGCUUUUAUACAUUAUAAAUAUAUUUAAAACAGAAUAUUGUUGCUAUUUGCAAAUUACCAAAAGUUUCCUAUUUCAUUUUGAUUUAUUUUAUAUAUUGUAAAAAAUGACUUUUAAUAUAAAGACCUAAAUUAUAUGGAAAACAA